AAAACAGACUUUUUUUUAUUGUUAGAUGUCCCUCUUUGUUUUGCUUUAAUUUAAAAAUUUACCUUCAAUAAUGAGCAAUAUUUACAUCCAGGAGCCGCCCACGUCGGGCAAGGUUCUGUUGAAGACCACAGUUGGCGACAUCGACAUCGAGCUCUGGGCCAGAGAGUGUCCGAAGGCGUGCCGCAAUUUUGUGCAACUUUGUUUGGAAAAUUAUUACAACAAUACUGUCUUUCAUCGCCUGGUUAAAGGAUUCAUAGUGCAGGGCGGCGACCCCAAUGGCGAUGGAACCGGAGGCGAGUCCGUUUACGGGCAGCCGUUCAAGGACGAAUUUCAUUCGAGACUGCGGUACACGCGUCGCGGCUUGGUGGGAAUGGCCAACUCGGGCAAAGAUGACAAUGCCUCGCAGUUCUUUUUCACGUUUGCAGAGACUCCGGAGCUGCAGAGCAAGAACACACUCUUCGGCAAGGUCACGGGCGACACAAUCUACAACAUGCUGAAGCUGGAGGAUGGCAUAGUGGACCACCAGGAGCGACCGAUGCACGCCCAUCGCAUUCUGUCCACCGAGGUACUCACCAAUCCCUUCGAGGAUAUUGUGCCGCGCGCAAUCUCCAAAGCAGAGAAGGGCAAAAAAACCAAGAAACAACGACAGGGCGUAAAAAACUUUGGGCUGCUUUCGUUUGGUGAAGAGGCCGAGGGCGACGAGGUAGAGACCAACGUGUUCGUUAAGCAGAACGCUGGAAAGGCCAAAUCACUGCACGACGUCGCAGAUGAUCCGAAGCUUAGCAAGGAACCAAUUCAAGUGCCGAAACAAGAGCGGGCGGAUAGCGAGGAGCCCUUGCCGAAUGACGAUGAAGAGAGUGGCAAGGCCAAGAAGUCUUCCACUGGCAAUUUCUCCGAUCUCAUCAAAAAGAAGCUCUCGAAGACAUCAGACGCACGGCCCCAGAAGACUACGAAGACUGUCGUUGUGGAGAGUGACCCAGAGGAGGAGGAGGACGUGCUAAUGACCCGAGAGCAAGAACAAAGACUUAAACUCUCCAAGGAAAAAUCCAAGAUUCGCGAGGAAAUCGCUUCUCUGAAAAAGCAAUAUCAGAUGGAUAAGAUCCGCAUGGAUAAGCUGGCCAGUGGCCCGGAGAAGGCUACAAAGGAGUCCCACAUUAAGGGUGGCAGCGAAAAUCAUUAUAUCAACGACUUCAUUGAGUCGAAGGAGAUAUACACGGCAAAGGGGAAGCUGCAACCCAAAGGACAGUCCAGGGAGGAAUUCACACUUAAGCUGUUGGCAAAAUUCCGCACCAAAGUGGCCGGAUUGAAGCACAAAGAGGGCUCUGACGACGACGACGCGGAUGCGUGUGAGGAACCAAAGGACUUUGACAACGGAACAGUGGAGAAGGAAAUAGUUGGAGACGACUGGCUAGCGCAUACCUUAAAUUUCAACAGUACAGCGCCCGUGCUGGCCAAAGAUGCGAACAGCAAGGGCGACGAUUGGUACGAUGCCUACGAUCCGCGUAAUCCCCUCAAUAAACGCAAGCGCGGUGCCAACACCGGUUCUUCCAACAAAUCAAAUUCCAAUAAAAAGAAAUAAAAUUAAUUAUUUA